UCCCCAAAUGUCCAGCGAGAGCUGAUAUCCUGUUUGUCAUCGACACCUCCGGCAGCGUGAGUGAACGGGAUUUUGGCCUGGCCAAGCAGUUUGCCACCAGACUGACCGAACAUGUUCAGAUUGGCGAUAAAGAUGUCCGGUUUGAUGCAAUCACCUUCAGCGACAGAGUUCAGAGGGUCUUUGACUUUAAGACUUACUCCAACCAUGCUGGACUCAGUUUGGGUUUGGCGUUGGCUCCGUUCCUUGGCGGCGGAACCAAAACGUACCUAGCGCUGGACUUCAUCCGUCAGCAGAACCUCUUCAGUACAUCCAACGGAGCCAGGGAACGGUCCAGCAAGCUUGUGGUCGUCAUUACUGACGCAUCGUCGGACAGUCUCUUCAAAACAAAAACUGCGGCCGAUUCUCUGCACAGUCUGUACCACGUGAUCUCCGUGGGCAUCGGCAGUGGGCAGGGGUGGGAGCUGUACAACAUCGCCAGCAGUUCUGAGAAUGUCUUCACGGCGGACAGCUUCGCUAACUUGGUGAAGAUCGAGCAGCGAGUGGCUAGACGGUUGUGUGAAAUUCCGGCAGGCGACGGCAACAUACCUACAGCCGAUUCAAAAUGCCAAACUGGAUUACAGAAAGAUCCCAAAAACCCGACAUCAUGUAUUGAUAUCGACGAAUGCAAGACUGGUCACUCCUGCCAGCAGACAUGUACCAACACCUUGGGCAGCUACAGAUGUGGUUGCAGAGCUGGCUUCGUCAUCAACCCCAAUGACACCAGCAAAUGUUUACAAAUCCGACAAUGUACAGCACUGGUGGACAUUAUUUUCGUCCUGGAUGCCUCGGGCAGCAUGGGGUCACCGAAGUUCAAGACGCAGCAAACAUUUGUGGCCAAGCUGACCCACCACUUCACUGUAGGCCCUAACGGAGCCCUGUUUGGCGGCCUGCUCUUCUCCACUGAUGUUGAGAAGCUGUUUGAUUUAAAAAAUGUCACGUCUCGCACAGACGUCACCACGUCUCUGCUGGGAGCCCCAUAUUUAGGAGGAGGAACUAACACCCAUCUGGCAUUAAAAUACAUAGACGAGAACAAGAUGUUCUCCCCUGCCAGUGGUGGACGCAGCAACGCUCAAGACGCUUUGGUGAUUGUUACCGAUGGAGACGCUAGCCAAGAAGCCGCGGCAAAAGCGGCGGCUGAUGCACUGAAAUCCCAGGGAGUCAAGGUCUUUGCUGUUGGUAUCGGAGAGCAGGUGAAUCUGAAACAGCUCAUCAACCUGGCCAGCGACAGCAAGAAUGUUGUCGGCUCUGUCGACUUUGAUCUCCUGGAUUAUAUCGAAGAGGGGCUAGCUGAGAUCAUCUGUAAAAGCGUCG